AUGUUAGAAACUCAUAUUAAUGAAUUUGAUAUGAAAGAUAUGCACUUGGAAAUCACAAAACAGAUACCCAUGAAAUCUAAUAUUUCGCCUCCAAAUGUUGGAAUAUUAGAACCUGGUAAACAACCUAAUUGCGAUGAUAAUGUUUAUGCAGC